AUGGCCGACAUCAAGGACCCCAGCCCGGCCGAGGAGGCGGCCGCCCGCGCCCGGGAAGCCGAGGAGCAGGCCGCCCUGCCGUACAAGUGGCAGCAGACCAUCGCCGACGUCGACGUCACCUUUAACGUCCCCGGCAACAUGAAGUCGCGCGACCUCGUCGUCGAGAUCAAGAAGCAGACCCUCUCGGCCGGCAUCAGGGGCCAGGACCCCGUUAUAAAGGGCGACCUCCCCCACGCCGUCCUCGUCGACGACUCCACCUGGACCCUCUCGUCCAACAGCGACGGCACCAAGACGGUCGAGAUCCACCUCGACAAGGCCAACAAGAUGGAGUGGUGGCCGCACGUCGUCACGUCGGCGCCCAAGAUUGACGUCACCAAGAUCCAGCCCGACAGCUCCAAGCUCAGCGACCUCGACGGCGAGACGCGCGGCAUGGUAGAGAAGAUGAUGUUUGACCAGCGCCAGAAGGAGGCCGGCCUGCCCACGUCGGACGAGCAGAAGAAGAUGGACAUCCUCAAGAAGUUUCAGGCGCAGCACCCCGAGAUGGACUUUUCCAAGGCCAAGAUCAACUAG